UCUCACACAGCCAUGCUUCCUAUCUGUGUCAGUUUACUCCUGAUCUGUAUACUUAAAAAUGAUUUCAUGGGGUCGUCCUAUGUUCAAGGGUUCAACAUGGCAGCAGUUCAACCUGGAUUUCCCAGAAACAUCAGCACAAACAAUGAGAAGGUCAAGGCAGCCGCACAGGCAACUGUUUAUAAGUACAACAAUAUGUCCAAUGAUAAAUUCCUGUUCAAAGAACUGGAGAUACAACGAGCAAUGAUACAGAUUGUGAAAGGGACAAAAUACAUGUUACAGACCAAGAUAGCAAGAACAGUGUGCACGAAAAAUGAAUCAGUAGAACUGGACAACUGUGAUAUUCAACAAGACAAUACCCUCAAAAAGGCAUAUUCCUGUUAUUCUGAGGUUUGGAAUAUUACCUGGAUGCACGUUAUUAAAGUACUUGUUCUUCAUUGUAAGGAGAUCCCAGACGCACAGCUUCAGAACUACAGCGGAGCUUCUAUCUUCUGGGAAAGAGAUAGUAAUCUGGUUUAAAGCAGACCGAUCAUGGGUUGUUUUUUUCUCCUGUUCUUUCUUUCCUUAUGCCCCCUGCAUCUUACCUAUUAUACUCCCUUUAUUGCCUUUAUUUAUAUUUAUUUUUUUCAUUGUGCUGAAUCUCAAUAUCAGGGUGCAGUCAUUCUGUGGGAUUAAUUUUACAUAGGCUUGUGGGUAAAUAUGAUUGGUAACUAGAACCACCUUGC